AUUUUUCGCCCGCACCCUGCCAGAACACCCGACCACCGCCAACGUACUCGUUACCGACAACUAUUCGAGAAGAUAACUGAUAUUAUUCGAUCCUCUACACGCAAGCAUCAACGGCUCACGUCCGCUGACAUGCCGACAAAUUUCCUCAGCCUCCCCAGCGAAGUCCGCAACGACAUAUAUGAACAACUCUUAGUGCUCCAAACACCCGUUGCGUGCCCCACACACCCUUGGCUUGGGCGCUCGCAAGUCCGAGUGCUUACUCCGGGCCUGCUUCUCGCGAACAAGGCGGUCCACAGCGAAGCUAGCUCGCUGCUUUAUGCCCAGAAUCGCUUCGAUUUCACCUUGUGCACCCCUGAGCACGUAGCCUCGUUCCUCGAGCAAAUCGGCCGCAACAACGCAGACUACAUCCGACACAUCCGUAUCGAUUUUCCGGAUUUCGGCUACCUGGAACCCAAUGAUGUCACCUUCGAGGACGACAGCCUUCGCAUCCUCGCGAAGAUCCAGAGCGACUGCGCCAACCUGAGCACGCUUACGACGUCCCUCUCCAGCACAUAUGCCAUGGAGCUCAGGCUCGAUGCGCUAGACAACUUCAGGGUCGUUGGUGAGGCGUUAAAGCUGGUCAAUACUCGCUUCAGAGCCAUUUCGUCCCUACAAGAGAUCAUUGUCGAGGUGUACGAGGAUGGCCCAAGUGAUCAUAUGAGGAGGGAAAUGAAGAGUCACGGAUGGACAAUAAGUACAACGGAAUAUGUGGAAGAGUCUGGCUUCGACGAGUCAUUUAGUGACCUUGAAGAUUAUUAUUCGGGUUAUGAUGAUGAUGGUGGCGAUUGUGAUGAUGAUUAUGACAUUGACAAUGACAGUGACUUUUGGAGAAGGGCGGGAGACUGAAUUCACCUGCAUUCACUCACACUAUCGAGAGCAGGAGCGAGAAGAGAAAGACUAAUGAGCCGCGGAGGCAGAGGCUUGGUCGCGAGUGCGGACGACUACUUAGACAGACUCUCAGCGGCCCUGGGUAUGCUAGCAUUAAUAUCCAACUCUAACUCCAC